AUGGGAAAGCAUAAAGAAUGGAGGAGAAUUGUGAAACGGGAAAGAAGAAGGAGGAUACGCAAACAGUUGGCAAAAGAAAGAGAUUCCGUACCUGAUGGAAAUGACAGUCAAGAUUGGAUAAAAGCACAAGAGGAAUUGGAAGCAUAUAUUUUGGAACAAGUUGAAAUUUCAAACAAGGCAGAAAAUGAAAAGUGGUUGGCAGCCGAAGCAGUAGCUUUAAAACAGUGGCAGGAACUUCAAAUCAAAAAGGAAAUAUUGCUUAAAAAACAACUAGAAUUACAAGCUAAACUACAACAGGAAUGGGAGAUGGAAAAAGAGAGAAAAGAGAAGGAAGCUCAACGUCUCAAAGAAUUAGAAGAAGAAAAUGUUAAGAGACAGGAAGAGUUCAUGAAAAACUUGGAAGAAUUCCUAAAUGGUGAUUGUAAGGAUCCUCCACAAGAGCUGCUCACAUUGUAUGAAAGUCGACCUAAUUGUGACCCAUGUCCAUUUUAUGCUAAAACUGCAUGUUGCCGCUUUGGAGAUGAAUGUUCUAGAAACCACAAAUAUCCAGGUAUCAGUAAGAUACUCCUAGCUCCAAAUCUUUUUGGACACUUUGGGUUGGAGAAUUCAAAUUUUAAUGAAUAUGAUACGGAUAUUAUGUUAGAAUACGAAGAUAGUGAUACUUACAAGGACUUCAAAGAGUUCUUUUUUGACAUAUUACCAGAAUUUCAAAAAUUUGGCCAGGUUGUUGGAAUUAAAGUUUGCAAAAACGUUGAAAAGCAUCUCCGAGGCAACACAUAUAUCGAGUACUCCGACAUUCGUAGCGCAGUUUCAGCUUACAGAGCCCUCCAUACAAGAUGGUAUGGAGGAAAACAACUUUCAUUACAAUUUUGUAGACUGUUGUCAUGGAGUAGUGCAAUAUGUGGUUUACAAGUGACUGGACGAUGUCCGAAAGGCAGAGCAUGUAAUUUUCUGCAUGUUUUUAAAAAUCCUGUAGAUUUACAUGCAGACUAUAAAAAACGUUAUUCAAAAAGGCAACAACACACAUCCUCACGUUCUUGGAGAUGGUCAGAAUCGCCUGAAAGAGAAAGUCCAACCCCAAGAAGUAAAAGAAAAGACGACGGUCAUUCCAAAAGUAGAGAAAGAAGACACUAUCAAUAUCGGUCACCUAGAGCGAGAUCACAUCGAUAUAGGGAUUGA